AUUAAAAUAAAAAAAUAACACGGUUUACUUCCAUCUUUAUCCAUGAUAACAUAUCAAGAUCAAGGUACAGAUUGCUUCAUUCGUGGAGUAGUGUGCUUUGGUUCGUAUUGUCAUGCUAUUAAAGUUUAUGCUCGACAAAUUUGCGCUUCGACGACAAUAGCGCUAUUGUAAAGAUUAAAUAACACGAUAGGUACAGUAUAUAAAAGUUACGUCAAAAGAGAUAAAUAUACAUUGGACAAAACACCACACAUAUCAUAACAUGGCAGGACUAGCGGAAAUUACCGGAAAGACUUGCCUGAUCACAGGAGGUGCUUCUGGUUUAGGUGCGUUAUACGCUGAAGCUUUCCUGCGUGAAGGAGCUAAGCAUGUAGCUAUACUGGAUAUAGCAGAGGAUAAAGGGAAAGAAACAGCUGCGCAAUUGAAUAAAACAUAUCCCGGAAAAGUGGUAUUUGUUAAGUGCGACGUCAGCGAUGAAGACAGCAUUUCAAAAAGUUUCAACCAAGUUGUGGACACAGUCAAACAGUUGGAUGUGGUGAUCAACAACGCCGGGAUUUUAAACGACUCGCAUGCUCUUUGGAGAAAAUCCUGUGAUGUUAACUGGCAAGGUUUGGUGUCCUUUUCAAUGAAAGCCGUCAAGCACAUGCGAAAAGAUGAAGGUGGGGCAAGCGGGACCAUUGUUAACAUUGCUUCCGUGGCAGCUCUAAUCCCAGUGGGGUCUACCCCCAUCUACAAUGGGUCCAAAGCUGCAGUGCUACACUUUAGUAAAAGUCUUUCGCAACCUCCCUUUCAAGAAACAACUGGAAUAAGAGUAUUAACCAUAUGUUUCGGACCAACAGACACGGCUCUCAUGACUGAGCUGAAUGGAAGAGUAUAUGAUCAAAAAGUUGGUGAAGGUUUUUCGACCGUCAUACAAGAGAUUAUUACCAUGGGAGCUGAAUCAGCCGUAGCAGCCUUCAUGGCAAUGUUCAAGAACGGUCCUAACGGCUCCGUGUGGCUGUCAGAGAAGAAUCUACCCGUCCAAGACAUCACGCCCAAGCUGGAAGCCUAUUACAAGUCAUUUACUGGUUAAAUUAUACAUUUGCUGUGUUUGCUUUUGCAACUUUUUACAAUAUGUAUAUAAUAACAUGAAUAACAUAUACAAUAACUAGGAUUUGCCCGCGGCAUCGCUCGCGAUAGAAAGUGACAAAAAGUAGCCUAUGUCACUCUCCAUCCCUUCAACUAUCGCCACUUAAAAAAUCACGACAAUUCGUCGCUCCGUUUUGUCGUGAAAGACGGACAAACAAACAGACACAUACACUUUCCCAUUUAUAAUAUUAGUAUGGAUUGAGCCUAUAUACGUCCCACUGCUGGGCACAGGCUUCCUCUCACGCAUGAGAUGGCUCGGGCUAUAGUCCCCACGCCAUCGCCAGCCCAAUGCGGAUUGGCGACUUCUCAUUUACCUCUGAAUUUCAUCGCAGAUUUAUACAGGUUUCCUCACGAUGUUUCCCUUAACCGAAAAGCUAGCUAUGGUAAAUGUCAAAUUACAUUUCGUACAUAAGUUCCAUAUAGUAUAAGUAUAAAUAUCUGGGCGACCGAGCUUCGCUCGGUUCUAUUUUAACAGGGUGUCCACUACCAAAUCCAAAAAAAAAUCCCUGACUUUUCCCUGACUUUCCAUGACCAUUUAAGAAAAAAUCCCUGACCAAAUGUUCUUUCUAUGAUGAUAUUUUUACCACUUUUGCUUGGGGUUACAAAAAAAACUUUUUUUUUGUCAUAAAAAAAACCCGAAAAAAGCAAUUUCCAAGGUUCCGUUCCUCAAAAAGGAAAAACUCUGUCCGUCUGUCACAACCAAUUUUUUCUGGAAUAUAUUUGUUUUCUAAAGUACGAAAUAUUAAAAUUUGCGAGGCAGUUCAUACUUUUA